AUGGAAUCUGAAAAUUAAUUAGGAUUUGAUCCAUCAUUCCUAAAACCUCCUAGUGAUCAUGUUAAUAUAAAGCAUAUCGAUCAUUAUAUUUUACAUGGAGAUGGAAAAAAAGCAGGAAGAAAGAUUUAUCAUAAUGUCUAAUUUACAUUAUUCGAAUAAUAAGGAAUUUAGCAACUAAAGGAAACUUUAAAUACUGAAUAAGUAUCUUUAACUCCUGAUUGGAGUGAUAUUGAUUACUUAAAAAUGUGUUAUUGUGGAAGAUUUGAUUUAAAAAAAUGCAUUUAACUUACAAAAACUCACGUACAAUGGAGAUUAGAUCCUAAUAUGUAAUGUCUAGAUGAUAAAUCUAAAGCUUUGUUAGAAAGUGGAAUGAUUUAUGUACAUGGAAGAGAUAAAUAAUAUAGACCUGUAAUAAUAUUAGAUUGUACUAAAAUAGAUUUAAAGAAAUAAGGUUAAGAUACUAUUAUUAGAGCAUUAUGUGUAUUUUUAAAUAUGGUUAGAAAAUAUAUGUUUGUAGGUUAUUAUAUUGAAAAUUGGAUACUAAUUAUUGAUACUGGUGGUAUGGGUAUAUUCGAUUUGCCAUUAAAAGCACUUAAUAUGAUGAUUGAAGCAAUGUCUUGUAAUUAUUGUGCUUGUAUGGAAAAACUUUUCAUUUUAAAUCCUUCUUUUGGACUUAAAACUUCCUGGAGUGUUAUCAGUAAAAUGAUGGAUUAGGAAAGUGUGGACAAAAUUUAAAUGCUUAAAUAAGAAAAUAUAACCAAACUUUAAGAAUAUAUUGAUCCAUGUUAUUUAGAAUAAAAGUUUAGAGGAACAGUUCCAAAUUAAACCAUAUUUUGGCCUCCAGUUAAUAUUUAUAAAUGA